AAGAGAUAAAAACAAAACAGAAGAAGAAAGAAGAGAAAGAAGUAAUGGAGACGUGGUUCAUCGUUAUCAUCUCAAUCUGUAUCUGCUCUCUUCUGAACUCCAUCCUUUCCCACUUCCGAAGCUCCACGAAACUCCCACCAGGCCCUCCUUCAAUCCCCAUCUUCACCAAUCUCCAAUGGCUCCGCAAAUCCCCUCUUCAAAUGGAGUCUCUGCUCCGGAGUUUCGUCGCAAAAUACGGCCCCAUCGUCACCCUCCCCAUCGGCUCCCGCCCCGCCGUCUUCAUCGCCGACCGCUCCAUCGCCCACAAGGCCCUUGUCCUUAACGGCGCUCUCUUCGCCGACCGUCCACCGGCGCUACCCAUCGGCAAGAUCGCCUCCAGCAACCAACACAACAUCAACACCGCCCCUUACGGUCCACUCUGGCGCCUCCUCCGCCGUAAUCUCACUUCCCAAAUCCUCCAUCCUUCGCGGGUCAAGUCCUACAGUAAAGCUCGCAAGUGGGUUUUGGAUGUUCUUGUUAAUCGGUUUGUUUCCUACUCUCAAUCGGGAAGUCCUGUCUCCGUUGUGGAUCAUUUUCAGUACGCUAUGUUUUGUUUGUUGGUGUUAAUGUGUUUUGGGGAUAAGCUUGACGAAUCCCAGAUCAAGGAAAUCGAGAAUGUCCACCAUACGAUGCUGAUAAAUCUUAGGCGUUUUAAUAUCCUUAAUUUCUGGCCCAAAUUCACCAAGAUUUUCCUCCGAAAGCGCUGGGAGACGUUUCUUCAACUCAAGAAGAAUCGAGAUGAAGUCCUGAUUCCUUUGGUCGAAGCUAGAAGGAAGGCCAAGGAUGACAGAACAAACAGAGGAGGAGACGAAGAAUUCGUGGUGUCAUAUGUGGAUACACUUCUGGAUUUGGAGCACCCAGAGGAGAAGAGAAAGUUUACAGAUGAAGAAAUGGUAGCCGUAGCCUCCGAGUUUCUUAACGCUGGCACCGAUACAACCUCCACAGCUCUGCAAUGGAUAAUGGCGAAUUUAGUAAAGAACCCAGAAAUUCAAAACAAGCUUUUCGCAGAGAUUAAAGGAGUAAUGGGAGAUGGGUCAAGAGAGGAGGUGAAGGAAGAGGAUUUGGGGAAACUUCCAUAUCUGAAAGCGGUGGUUUUAGAAGGAUUGAGAAGACACCCACCCGGUCAUUUCGUGUUACCACACGCAGUGAAAGAAGAUACAGAGUUGGAAAAUUAUGUGAUACCAAAGAAUGGGAGUGUGAAUUUCAUGGUGGCGGAGAUGGGUUGGGACCCAGAAGUGUGGGAAGAUCCGAUGGCGUUUAAGCCGGAGAGGUUCAUGAAAGGCGGGAAAGAAGAAGAAGAAGAAGUAGCAGAGUUUGAUAUAACAGGGAGCAAAGAGAUAAAGAUGAUGCCGUUCGGAGCAGGGAGGAGAAUUUGUCCAGGAUUUGGUCUGGCAAUUCUUCAUUUAGAGUAUUUCAUUGGGAAUUUGAUAUGGAGGUUUGAAUGGAAAGCGGUAGAAGGAGAUGAAGUCGAUCUGUCGGAGAAGGUGGAGUUCACCGUCGUUAUGGAAAAGCCUCUUAAAGCCAACGUAAUUUCGAGGUUCUAAAGUUGGGAUGAUUUUUCCCAAUUCUAAUAUGAACAUUAGCCUCUUGGUUUUAGGGAAGAAAAUGUUUUAGAUUGCUUUCUUGCAAAUUUAAUGCAGGGAUUUGACCUUAUGAAAGUAUAUUCAAGCCAAUGUUUUUGUUAUGUCUAGUGUUACAAAAAUUAUCUUACCUGUCGACAGAAAAUCUAUGGUUUCAUAUAUUUAUUAAGUUAUCCAUCAAAA